UUAUCGGGUGGGGUAAGUGCAGAAGUAGAUUUGUUGGGUGGUUUUCUUAAGUGUCGUUAUUAUGCAGAGUGAUGGAACUUUCUGCGUGAGUGAUUGUUGAGGUCGGUUGUUGACGAACUUUUGAUAAGAUGAUAAGAUUCUGGAGCAUUAUUCAUGUUUUUCCUCUGACAUUUCAGAAUAUAAGUCCGUUUUCGCGGUCACAUGACCAACUCACUGUACAACAUAGAGAAAAUCACGUGAUCAAAUUAAAAUUAACCCGGCAACUUGUUAUAGGACCGAAUAGCAGCAAGUGAAAGGAUAAAACUUAGCUUGUUAUCUUGCUUCUAUGCUUGUCCUGUAGUUUUCUUAUAUUUACCUUAUCUAUGCCAAAUACGAAUACUUAUAUUGCAACCGAUCACCAAUAAAGUCACUGAUUAUAUGACAAUACAGUCCAGCGAUUUCAUUUAAGACGGUAGGGGAGAUGGGGUGAGGCACAUCUCACUCUAAUCGGCCAACGUUGCUUCUACGCAAAGGGCUGUUAGUUGUACUACCCAGAAUGCCAGUUUCGCCUUAUGUAAUGUACCGUUUCACAUGAGUAUGUUAAAUAUCGUUAACUUUCGUUCGACAGCAAAACAACAUUAGAAAUUCACCCGAGGACAAUACAUGCGGUCCCUACUGAUGCACUGUUUUGUGUUUUAACUGCAUAUCGACGCAUUCAUUUGACAUUUUAUAUACUACAUAUUAACAUAUUUAAUAGAAUAUCUCCUGAACACGCAUUUCUGUAUUCAAUUUUGGGUCUCUGGCACCUGAAUUUUGCCUAGAAAAGUUGGAGCUAGCGGGCGUAUUAAAAAUAAUAAAAGCGGGCCAAUGCAAAACCAAUUUCCCUAUAUAACUACUGUUUACAAUGAUACUCAUGAACUAGUAACACUUAAUUCUGGCUUCUGAGUGUAUGUUUAAGGGAACAUUCAACGAAAUAUUAACUGUAUGCGUGACUGUAAGUUGUCAGAGAGAUGUAAUGACAUGAUCCUCCGCUGUUUAAUACAGUUAAGCUUUAACAGAAAGCGUUUCUUGGCAUUUUUUCAAAUGCUUGUUUUUUUUCGAGAAAAAUGGGAGCGGUACUUUGAAGAAUAAACAUGAUUUUGUUUUGCAUUUUCUAAAGCAAAGGUACAUUUGAAAACAUCGAUUUGGUGGGACCUAGCAAAUCCCUAAAUAUACGUGACCUUGCAAUUGCAUGGUCGCGGGACGAUAUUGUACGAAUGGUUUUAGGCUCGGUUAAACUGUUAUUUUUUAUUUUAUAUCAAAUUUUAUUAUAUUGUCUCAUUGGUAAUGCAACUAUGUUGUUUACUUUACCAUUAACUCAAAAAUAUUUUCAACAGACCUGAUUAACUGCUAUGCAAUACAUCAAUUGACUGAAAAUGUAUCAUAUUAAAAAAAUAUGAAAGUAUAUUAUGGUUUAAUACUUAGUCUACAGAGAAGCGGGUUAUUUUUUUGCUAUUUCGGAAUCCACAAAUAUCUUUGAUGAUUCUAAGCGUUGGAAAGUCGAUGUCCUUCGGAAUCCUUGAAUACCUUGGCUGACCCUCUAAGGACUGGAACGUCGAUGUCCAUCGGAAUCCUCGAAUAACUUGGAGUAUCUGUUGAAUUUAUUGCUAUGCCCUCAUACCAUUCAGCACUAUUAUGUGUGAACUAGUCCUAGAUAACGAACUGGAACAAGUGUGCAUAUACAACGCAAAUUCUUAUCAGAGUUGUUAAGUUUACACAUCAUUAAAGAUGCUUACAUUCAAAAACAAAGUAGCGAUAGUAACAGGAGGUUGCCAGGGAAUCGGAAAGGGUUGUAGCGAAAUAUUAGCUGAAAAUGGCGGUACAGUCUUUGUGUUUGAUAUAAAUGACAAAUUAGGCGAGUCAAUAAGCUGCAAUGGUCCUGGUAAGAUCAUCUACAUGAAAUGCGAUGUUAACGAUGAGGCUCAAGUCAAGACAUGUUUAGACAAAGUAAUUGAGAAAUAUGGGCAAAUAGACUGUAUCGUUAACAAUGUUGGAACUCACCCCGGCAAUGCAAACAUCGAUGACAUUUCUGUUCACGACUUUCGAAAAUUACUAGAACUGAAUGUUGUAAGCCACUUCACCAUGUACAAAUAUGGAUUACCUCACCUGCGGAAAACCAAAGGUUCUGUGGUCAACAUUGCCAGCUUAAGUGGAACUCAUGGUCAAAGAGCGAGUGCAACGUAUAGUUGCACCAAGGGAGCGAUUCCAGCCAUGGCAAGAACGUUGGCAAUAGACGAAGCCAAGAAUGGUGUUAGAAUUAACACUAUAUGUCCUGGGCCAAUCAGAACUCCCCUGUACGAUGACUGGGCCGCUAGCUUGAAGGAUCCAGAGGAGGCAGAGCGUGUAAAAUUAAUGCUGCAAUUGGGUCGCAUCGGCGAUCCUCGGGAAAUUGGAAAGGCGUGUCUCUUUCUGGCGACUGACGCAACCUUCACCACGGGGACUGAGUUGAUGUGUACCGGAGGCUGUGAGAUCGGAUACGGAGUUAAAGUCUAAAUUCCUUGUCGCGCAAACCGAAGAAAUGGGUUUUAAAAAAACCACAAAAAACAUUAUCUUUUGUUGUUUUUUCAAAAUGAUCUCUGGCAUUGUCUUGUGAAAUUUAGUUUGCCUAUAACUUUACUUAAACGCAUCAGAGUUUGACGAAUUAAAUGUGUUGUGGAUUGUUAUUAUGUAUUUCUUUUUCACAUGCUCAUGCUGUCAUGCUAUAUGAACAGUUGUUUCAAAUAAAACUUGGAUUGGUU